AUGGAUCGCAGGGUGUGGAUGUGCGUUAUCGUGGCGACUGCCGCGCUCUUGCUGGCAUCUCCGUGUCGGGCCCAUGACCCGGACAACGGCGAGGAACUGGACAUGGAUGUAGAGGACGACAUGGACCUUGACGCGGACCACGAGGAGCUGGAGCAAGAUGAGAACGGCGACGCAGCGGCACCUCCCCCGGCCCCGGCGCUCCCCAAAGUAACCUACAAGGCGCCGGAGCCCAUGGGAGAACACUUCUUCGCCGAGUCCUUUGAUCGAGGGACGCUGGACAGUUGGGUCCUAUCCAGCGCCAAGAAAGACGACACCGAUGAGGACAUAGCCAAGUAUGAUGGCAAGUGGGAGGUGGAGGAGAUGAAGGACAGCAAGCUUCCAGGCGACAAAGGCUUGGUCCUGAAAUCCCGAGCCAAACAUCACGCCAUCUCCGCCCCGCUGCUGCGACCGUUCGCCUUUGACACGUUGCCGCUCAUUGUUCAGUACGAGGUGAACUUCCAGGCCGGCAUCGACUGUGGCGGCGCUUACGUCAAAUUGCUCACGCAGACACCGGAACUCAACCUGGAUCAAUUUGUCGACAAGACUGCGUACACUAUCAUGUUCGGACCAGAUAAAUGCGGCGAGGACUACAAGCUGCACUUCAUCUUCAGACACAAAAACCCCAAGACGGGCGAAUACGAAGAGAAGCACGCCAAGAAGCCGGACGCUGAUCUACGCACGUACUACACCGACAAGAAGACUCACCUCUACACGCUAGUGGUGAACCCCGACAACACCUUUGAGAUGUUGGUGGACCAAACUGUGGUCAACAGCGGCAGCCUGCUCACAGACAUGACCCCUCCGGUCAACCCUCCCGCCGAGAUCGAGGACCCAGACGACCGCAAGCCCGAACAAUGGGACGAGAGGCCCAAGAUUGCGGACCCGGACGCCACCAAACCGGAAGACUGGGACGAAGACGCUCCCGCUCAGAUUCCCGAUGAGGACGCGGUCAAACCCGACGGCUGGCUGGAUGACGAGCCUGAAUAUAUCGGAGACCCUGACGCUGUCAAGCCCGAGGAUUGGGACGACGACAUGGACGGCGAGUGGGAGGCGCCUCAGAUCGCCAACCCGGCCUGCGAGGCGGCGCCCGGCUGUGGCGAAUGGAAGCGCCCCGUGGUGGACAACCCCAACUACAAGGGCAAGUGGAAGGCGCCCAUGAUAGACAACCCCGACUACCAGGGUGUGUGGAAACCCCGAAAGAUCGCCAACCCGGACUUCUUCGAGGACCUGCACCCGUUCAGGAUGAGCGCCUUCAGCGCCGUGGGACUGGAGCUGUGGUCCAUGACGUCCGACAUCUUCUUCGACAACUUCCUGGUCACCAACGACCGCAACGUGGCCGAGCGAUGGGCCAACGACGGCUGGGGACUGAAGAAGGCGGCCGAGGGCGCCGCCGAGCCCGGCUUGGCCGCUCAGAUGAUGAGCGCGGCGGAGGAGCGCCCUUGGCUUUGGCUGGUGUACGUGCUUACCGUGGCCCUGCCGCUCGUCCUCAUCGUCGUCUUCUGCUGCACUGGCAAGAAGAAGAGCGAGACCCCAGCAGCAGGGGACUACAAGAAAACGGACGAGGCUCAGCCUGAUGUCAAGGAGGAGGAGGAGGAGGAGGAAGAGGCGGAAGGCCAGGACGACAUCAGUCCAGGUCGCCCGGCGCCGCCCACACCGGAUGGCGGCGAGGAGGAGGAGGAGGAUGAAGAAGAAAAGGAUGCUGCGGCGGAGGCAGCUGAGGAGAAGUUGGAGGAUGACAUUCUGCGGCGAUCUCCCAGGAACAGGAAGGUCAGAAAGGACUGA